GUUGUUGUCUCUUCUUUUUUCGUUCCUCGCCACCUUUUGCCCGCGUUAUCUCUCCCUUCCACUAUAUCGUUAUUCUUCACCUGGCUCGGUUGUAUCGAUGAUCACGUUCACCUGGUCGAUCGUUCUUGACGCGUUGCGUUCGUAAACAAAGAGGCCGACGACCACGAGGGAACGUUCCUUGCCGCUCGAAUUCGAAUUCUUCCAGAAAGAAAUAGAAACAUCAGCGAAGAAUGAGACGUCGAGCAUUCGAUCCGCCGAUUCCAUCGUUUACCUAAACGUACAUUAACAACGAAAAGUUAACGAUUUCAAAGUUGCUGCCAGGAACGAGCAUUAUGAGGAACGUGCACGCUGAUCGUCGAUGACAAACAUGAAGGCCUCGGUCUUGAUUUAUUGGAUGUUCCUCUUCCAAUCAAUGUUAAUCGCUUCGACGGCACACACGACAAGUUAUCGGACAAAUCACGAGGAAACGAGCAGAAAAGUGGAAGCAAUCACGACCGAAGAAUCAGUUUUGGGACUCUUUAAUCCUUCUUCUUGGAUGACUGUACCGAACAGAAGUAAAAGAAGCGGGGAUGUCGCAGAAGAAACAGUAGCAACGAGACACUCGAAGCACCGGAAACGGCGUCGCUGCAGAAAUCGACCAGCGUGUUUCCGGGCUGCAUCUUCCAGCCGACUGUUCCCCUCGCGAAACAACAACACGGAGCAGAAAGCUAAAAGCGAAGAUUACGAUAUUACUGAAGCCAUCGAAGAGAAAAGUAGGCUCGAUGCAAAGGAUAGAACUAUUGUUACGAAUAAUAAUACCUCCAUCGUUGACAAUGCAGCAGAAUCUGAUCUAUUAGACACGUACGAUGAACGCGUUCUUUCGGAUGAGAUUGAGUUUGAGAAGACAGAAGCAUCUUUCAGUGCGAAAGGUCAAACGAAGAAGAACGAAGUUGAAGAGAACGUCGAUUAUGAAGAAGACGUAUCGCCAUUUUAUAUCGAGGAUCAAGUUGAAAUGCCUGAGAGUUUAGGUGCCCUGUUGAGUAAAUUGUUUCAGAGUCUACGAAACGCUUCAGCCACGGAGAGCCACGACAUUUUUAAGGAACUGAACUUCGUAAACGCGACAAACGAAGAUCCUUGUCAAAAGUGGUUGAACAGCAAAGAUAAACUGGAGAAAGUGUUCUUAGGUGGGUUAGUCUCGCUACCCUCCUGUCCAUGCGAGUAUCCCAGUAACAUCUUUUACGAGGACAAGAUUUGGGAUGAAAAGCAGAAGAAGUAUUUCAGAUGGCGGGAUGUAAGCGGAAAUUCUCAGAGGCUGGAUAUUUACAAACCAGGAGCCACAUACUGCAUACGUUCUUUGCUGACGCAAGGAAGCGGAAGUGCCGCGGCACAGCAUUGCUGCUAUGAUCGCAGUAGGAAACUCCUGACUCGUGGUUCCGGUGCAGGCACUACAAACUUUGUCAGUCCGGAAAUAUCACCGAUACUGCACGAAAGAAUUGACAUACUACCCUGGAGAUUGUGCAAGGGAGACUUUUCUAGGUACAACGGGGUGAGGCCACCAAACAAUGACAACAGCUGCGAAGCGAAUCCUGAUGACGAGGAAUACCAACGACAAAUAGACAAUACUAAAUACUAUUAGAUUAUAAGAUUCUUCGAAUACGAUUAUUUACCAUAAUGGGCUACUUUUGAUAGCCCACAAUGAGACUGUAUUUACCGAAUUAAUUUUAUGUUUAAGUGACUUCUCUGCGAAAUAUGAAUUUUAUAAUUAAACUCCUAUUUCGAUACAUGUCGAUAUACACAAUUUC